AUCCUAUAGAUUGUUUUAUUUAUACUCUUGUGAGCCACCAUGUUGUAAUGAAGUUUAUUGCAUUAUUGGAAUAUUUGGGUUUGUUACUCGAUUCUGGCUCUAAAUGGCUUGGUUAGGGAUAUCGGAGCAAGUUAAAGAAUCGUUCUUCACUUUAGGAGGGAUAUUUACUCUCAGUUUACCAUGCCUGGCGUCCAGACUUCCGUCCGACUCGGACAAUCCGUUGUCCGGUUUGCAAAGUCUUGGAGGACCAUUUGCGAUGCGAAAAGAGACUCUUGGCAAACAUUUCGCCUUCUCUCCUAGAAAUCUCGAAGAUGGACGAUUGUACACGCUUGUGACAAGCAUUUUUAACCAUGGUGGGAUGGACCAUUUUAUUGGUAACAUGAGCAUAUUAAUUCCUGUUGGACAUGAUGUCCACCGCCGAUUUGGUCGCAAGCACUUUCUAGCGGCAUUCAUCGGUGGAGGGGUUGCUGGGAAUUUAGCCCAACUUGCAGAGUAUGUUUAUCAACAGCUUCAAUGGCAAGAGGUGUUGCCAUCGCCUUACACAUGGAGCAUAUUUGGAGAAUCCUUUAACUCUACUAUUGAGUCCUGGCAAAAAGGAGCACUUGGUAGCGUUUACACAAGUGUGAAUGCCUGGAGAGCAAGCAUAGGGGCAAGUGCCGCAUUAUCUGGACUUGUUGCUAUACAAGCAUGUGCCAACAUCAGAUCUCUCAUCAGUAACCUACAAGAACUUAGGAUUAUGAGAAGGACCGGAGUACAUGAUCGUCACAGGGAGCACAUACUAUAUAUGGAAUCCCUAUACCAGCUAUCUCACCUGUUCUUAACUACCUUGGUGGUUUACGAAGAUGCAUCACGGUUGAUUGACAGUACCAGUAGUGAUAAAGGCAUUCUAAGGACCCUUGUUGCCUAUUCAAGUGAUGGUAUAGGGCAUGCUGCUCAUAUUGGGGGUUUCUUAUUUGGUGUAUUAUAUUUCUUUUGUAUAUUGUCAUGAAUGGACAGAGAAGGUGUCAAGAUGGUUUCAUUUUUUAUUUGGCUUAUCCAAAAACAAGCAAUUGCUCGCAUUGUACUUAAUUUUAACCAAAGCUGUGAACAUGCUGUAAAACUUAUAGAACAUUAGAUAAAUCUCACUUAAAGAAAAAAAAAUCACAAUGAAUAACCAUAUGUCUACAAUAUUGCCCACAGUGCAAUUUGCUGGUGCUGUUAAACUUUGAAACAGUCCUCGCUUCAACACCCUAACUAAGUUGUCAAAAAUUUCAAUAAACGUCAGAUCGUUUAGUAGAUCAACAAACCAGCAAUGGCACUUCUGAGUCUUUUUUUUUUUUUUUUGCAGAUAGGAUAUCCAAAUCGUUUGAUGGUUUAUUUCUAUGCUAUACUUCUUUGUAGAUCAUCUGAUGUAACAUCAAAUCACUUAUGUUCUACAGUAACACCACAAUAAAGACAAUAAAGGCAAUUUCACUUUGCUAA